ACAGAGGACGGAGCGGGAUCCGGAGCUGCGCGGGUUCUGGGUCGGCAAUUCUGGGCUGGAAUUCAGGAUCUGAGGGCUCUCUGGGGCCCCUCCUGGUGGUGCUAGGCCCGUGGGGGAGGCAGACAGAAGCAUGGAGGCCGGAGGCUGAGGGUGACUCCUUCCAGGGGGAAUGGGCAGGAUUGAGGACAUCCAUGCAGGCUCCUGCCCUCCUGACACUGAGGCACCACAUCUACCACUCUGCUGAUAGCACCAGGACAAGGACUCCCAUCAUCCGUGCUGCUGCUGAUCCCGCUCUCCGGCAUGCCUGGUCCUGACAUCCCAGCUGGAUCACGCUGAGCCUGGUAACGAAGGGUUAAUCCAUGCCCCCUGGCAGCGCUGUCUAGGGGUGAUGGCUCUGGACCGGCGCCCAUCGCAGAUCUGAGGGUGACUCUGGAUUUACCCCUUGUCAUCGGAGGAUCGGGCAGAGCGCUGCACCGUCUUCUCCAUAUUGGAUUAUUGUAAUUGGAUCUGGAGCCACAGGUGACCAUGGGAGGAGCGACCCCGCUCAACCUGGAGACCCCCCUGCACCAGUGACAUGAGGCCGCCGUGCCCCCCACAACCCUGCAUUCCACUCUGUUUUUUUUCUGAUAUUUUGGGAUCACAUGACGCGUUUUGGAUUUUCUUCUCCCUUGUGGCAUGGCGUGACCUGGCGACCAGUGGACUUCUCGUAGUGAGGGGACAUGUCUAGGUCAAACAGCGUCAGCCCACCGGGAUUUGGGGCCCCCGCGUUACGGGCAGGUGCUGAGCACCGAUCAGCUUGGGUCGAGGCUGAGACCAGGGCCAAUGGGUACCCCUACUCCAGCCGCUCCUCUAGAAAGAAGACCUCACGGAUGAUGGGACUGUGGAGGAGCGAGGAAGACUAUGAGCCUCAGCCGGGGAGGAACCCCCUGCCGGACAAUAAAGUGGGCUUCAGAUCCAAGUCGGCUUGGCAGGAGCACGGCGAGGAGAGCAGGAACAACAACAAGCCCUUCCAGAAAGGCCCCGAGGGGGAGCUGAGACCCAAAUCAGUGGAGCUUGGUUUGGAUGAGAAAUUGGGCAAAGGUAAGGGAGACGGGCCGGAGGAUGGGUCGGAGUUCCACUUCUCCAUGGGGGUCUGCUUUACCGAUGUCCUGCAGAUCUUCCGCUCCAAGAAGUUCCAGUCGGAUAAGCUGGAGAAGCUCUACCAGCGCUACUUCUUCAGGCUGAACCAGAGCAGCCUCACCAUGCUGAUGUCCGUGCUGAUCCUCCUGUGCCUGGUGAUGCUCGCCUUCCACUGCUUCCAGCUGCUCUACCAGGUGCCUUACGUGGUCGUCCUGUGUGUGGCCAUGCUGAUCAUUCUAGUGCUCAUAGGAGUAUGCAACAGAAACGACUUCCACCAGGACUACAUGUGGCUGGCCUGUUACACCGUCAUCAUCGUCAUCUUCAUGGUCCAGGUGGUGUGCGUCCUGAUGGUGCGGCCGCGGAGUGCCUCCGAUGGGAUCUGGUGGACCGUGUUCUUCAUCUACACCAUCUACACUCUGCUUCCAGUGCGGAUGAGAGCGGCGGUUCUCAGCGGGAUUAUUUUAUCUGCCGCUCAUCUCACCAUCUCCCUAAAGAUCAACGAGGGUGACACGUUCCUGGUCAAGCAGGUGGUGUCCAACAUCCUCAUCUUCUUGUGCACGAAUAUUGUUGGUAUUUGCACGCACUAUCCGGCGGAGGUGUCCCAGAGACAGGCGUUCCAGGAGACGAGGGAAUGCAUCCAGGCUCGACUUCACUCCCAGCGAGAGAACCAGCAGCAGGAGCGACUCCUCUUGUCUGUUCUGCCGCGCCAUGUUGCUAUGGAGAUGAAGGCCGACAUUAACGCCAAGCAGGAAGAUAUGAUGUUCCACAAAAUCUACAUACAGAAGCACGACAACGUGAGCAUCCUCUUUGCUGACAUUGAGGGAUUCACCAGUCUCGCCUCCCAGUGCACCGCGCAGGAACUGGUCAUGACCCUGAAUGAACUCUUUGCCCGAUUCGACAAACUGGCGGCUGAGAACCACUGUCUGCGGAUCAAGAUCCUGGGCGACUGCUAUUACUGCGUCUCGGGGCUGCCGGAAGCCCGCGCGGACCAUGCCCACUGCUGCGUGGAGAUGGGUCUGGAUAUGAUUGAGGCGAUCUCGCUGGUGAGAGAAGUGACAGGCGUCAACGUCAACAUGCGAGUAGGAAUCCACAGCGGCCGCGUGCACUGCGGCGUCCUGGGGCUGCGGAAGUGGCAGUUUGAUGUGUGGUCCAAUGAUGUCACCCUGGCCAAUCACAUGGAAGCCGGGGGCAAAGCCGGCCGCAUUCACAUCACGAAGGCGACUCUGAAUUACCUGAACGGAGAUUACGAGGUGGAGCCCGGCGCCGGCGGCGAACGCAACGCCUACCUGAAGAAGCACAACAUAGAGACCUUCCUGAUCGUCCGCUGCAGCGAGAAGAGGAAAGAAGAAAAGGCGAUGAUUGCGAAGAUGAACCGCCAGAGGGCCAACUCUAUUGGGCACAACCCGCCGCACUGGGGCGUGGAGCGCAACUUCUACAACCACCUGGGAACCAACCAAGUGUCUAAGGAGAUGAAGAGGAUGGGAUUUGAAGAUCCAAAAGACAAGAACAUCCAGGAGAACAUGAACCCUGAAGAUGAAGUGGACGAAUUUUUGGGUCGCGCAAUUGAUGCUCGAAGUAUUGACCGACUGCGCUCAGAACACGUUCGGAAGAUUCUGCUGACUUUCCGUGAACCAGACCUGGAGAAAAAGUACUCCAAGCAGGUGGAUGAUCGGUUUGGGGCAUAUGUUGCGUGCGCAUUUAUCGUCUUCCUCUUCAUCUGUUUCGUGCAGAUCAUCGUUAUUCCACACUCUACUUUCAUGCUCGGCUUCUAUCUCGCCUGCUUCCUCGUCCUCAUCCUUGUGCUGAGCGUCUCCUUGAUAUACUCUUGUAUCAGGCUCUUUCCAUCUCCGCUCCAGACUUUAUCAAAAAAGAUUGUGCAGUCUCGGAUUAACAGCACGGCAGUGGGAGUCUUCACCAUCAUCCUCGUCUUCCUUUCUUCCUUUAUUAACAUGUUCGUGUGCAGCAGUACGGACCUGAGGAGCUGCCUUGCUGCCGAGUACAACGUCCCCCUGAACAACGUGACACCGUGUCUGGUCAGGAACUCAGCCCUGAACUACAGCUUGUCUACCAAGAGUGGAUUCUGUGGGGACCCGGCCCCCAGCUGCAACUUCCCAGAGUAUUUCACCUCCUGCGUCCUGCUGAGCCUCCUCGCCUGCUCCGUCUUCCUCCAGAUCAGCAGCAUUGGGAAGCUCGUUCUGAUGCUGAUCAUCGACUUUGUCUACGUCAUUAUUGUGGAGAUCCCACAGGUGGUGGUCUUCAACAACGCAGAUCUGCUCGUGGCAGCCAAUGGCAUUGAAUUAUCCAACUCCACAAUGAACUGCACGGACGGCGUUCCCAGAGUCACCCUGAAGAUCGCCACCCCAGUGAUCAUCAGCGUAUUCGUGCUGGCGCUCUACCUCCACGCGCAGCAGGUGGAGUCCACGGCCAGGUUGGACUUUCUGUGGAAGCUUCAGGCCACCGAGGAGAAGGAGGAGAUGGAGGAGCUGCAGGCCUACAACCGCCGUCUCCUGCACAACAUUCUCCCCAAGGACGUGGCGGCGCACUUCCUGGCGCGGGAGCGGCGUAACGAUGAGCUCUACUACCAGUCCUGCGAGUGCGUGGCCGUCAUGUUCGCUUCCAUCAGCAACUUCUCCGAAUUCUACGUGGAGCUGGAGGCCAACAACGAGGGCGUGGAGUGUCUGCGGCUGCUCAACGAGAUCAUCGCCGACUUUGAUGAGAUCAUCAGUGAGGACGAGUUUCGGCAGCUGGAGAAGAUCAAGACCAUCGGCAGCACGUACAUGGCGGCCUCAGGACUGAAUGACACGACUUACGACAAGGUCGGGAAGACGCACAUCAAGGCGCUGGCGGAUUACGCAAUGAGACUGAUGGAUCAAAUGAAAUACAUCAACGAGCAUUCAUUCAACAACUUCCAGAUGAAGAUCGGACUGAACAUCGGACCCGUGGUUGCUGGUGUCAUAGGAGCUCGUAAACCCCAGUAUGAUAUUUGGGGGAACACGGUAAACGUGGCGAGUCGCAUGGACAGCACGGGCGUCCCUGAGCGGAUUCAGGUCACAGCCGAUCUCCAGCAGGUCCUGGCCGCCUGUAACUACUCGCUGGAGUGCCGGGGGGUGGUCAAAGUGAAAGGAAAAGGGGAGAUGACCACCUAUUUUCUAAAUGAAGGACCCUCUAGCAGUUAGCGGGAGAAGCUCAGUGACCACCAUGCACCAAGACAUGUGCAACCUACCCGCCGGCGAGGAGCCAACGCAGCUGCGCGCCGCCACUUGAACCAGGGGCUCCGGCCGGGUGUUUGACCAAAGAUAACGCUCACGAACGUGAGAACUCCAGAGCGGGGAGACGAGCGCGGGACAGACAUAUAUUUAUUGAUUCACUGAUUUCCUCUAUGAAGGAAGGAAUGUAUUAUGGUACCAGACCGACGGCAAUGUACAUGGCUCACUCGUAAAGGACUGAAAUGCGUCAGAACCGUCCUGUGGCCUUUCCCUUGUGACCCUAGCGGCCACCAGACCCCGUUCUAUGGGCUUCUCUUGGUACCUGAUACCAGCUAUGGCAGGAGCCCGAUAUCUCCAUACUGGCACAGCGGGAGGCACACAGAUCCUGCUCCACAGGCGGCCUCCUCCCCGCGGCGGGUGACAGACACCGCAAGAUCUGAACCUUUUGUAAUUUUAUUUUGUAAUAUUUUAGCGCAGAGAAAAAAAAAGCACAGAUGAUAUAUUUUGUAAAUUCUAUACAAAAGCCGACGCCGCGCGAACCGAGCACACGCCGCGUUUUCUGUAAAAUCGCUUCUCAUUAACUUCAUUUUCUGCAUUUCUCUCGUUCCAGACCCGGCAGUUUUACUGGUAGCGAAAUAUACAGCAGAACCCACGUGUGCAUAAAAUCCACCGUAUACAGCAGAACACACGUGUGCAUAAAAACCGCCAUAUACAGCAGAACCCACGUGUGCAUAAAAAUCCACCAUAUACAGCAGAACCCACGUGUGCAUAAAAACCGCCAUAUACAGCAGAACCCACGUGUGCAUAAAAAUCCACCGUAUACAGAACCCA